UUAUUUGAGUAGCCAUGUGGGAAAACCCUUUUACUCUGCCUGAGAUGUCCCACCCAAAUAAAAUCGGAGUGGCGUAGUCACGAAUACUGAACAAGAGUACCUACUCAUCUGCUUUCUCAGCACUAUACAGUGUGUGGAUCUCAGUAGGAGUUUUCUGUGUGUUUGGACUCACUAUUAUAAAGAUGGCGUUUAUUAAAGAGGAGACUGAAGACGUGAAGAUUGAAGAAACAUUGAGAGUCAAACAAGAAGAUACUGAGGAACAAACAGACCUCAUGCCGCUGAAAGUGGAGCACAUGGUACCAAGUGAAAAGGAGGCGAAUGAACAAAAGGAGACUCAUCAUGAUUUUAAAACCGGAGAAGAAUCUUUGAGUUGGCCACAGAUUAAAGAGACUUUCUCACAGAAGACUGCUCAUAAAACAGGAACUACAGGUUAUUUUACCCCUUUUCAUUGUGAAAAGAGUUUCGGUGAACAUGGGAACCUUGAAGUUCACACUGAAGGGAAAACUUUUAACUGCCAACAGUGUGGAAAAAGUUUUAAUCAAAAAGGAAACUUUAACAGGCACUUGAAAGUUCACACUGGAGACAAGCCUCACAUCUGCCCUGAGUGUGGAAAGUGUUUCGAAAGUAAAGAAAACCUUAAAGUGCACAUGAGAAUUCACACUGGAGACAAGCCUUUUAACUGCCCUGAGUGUGGAAAGUGUUUUGAUCAUAAUGGAAACCUUAAAGUGCACAUGAGAAUUCACACUGGAGACAAGCCUUUUACUUGCCAACAGUGCGGACUCAGUUUCACUCAUGAAGGAAACCUUAACAGGCACAUGAGAAUUCACACUGGAGACAAGCCUUACACCUGCAAACAGUGUGGAAAGUGUUUUGGUCAACAUGGAAGCCUUAGAGUUCACAUGAGAGUUCACACUGGAGACAAGCCUUACAUCUGUCCUGAGUGUGGAAAGAGUUUUGGUCAACAUGGAAACCUUAAAGGGCACAUGAGAAUUCACACUGGAGAGAGUCCUUUUAUCUGCCAAAUGUGUGGAAUGAGCUUCAUUCAGAAAGGAAACCUUAACAAACACAUACGAAUUCACACAAGAGAAAAACUUUAUACAUGCCCUCAGUGUGGAGAGAGUUUCGAUCUACAAGGAAGGUUUGAAGCCCACAUGAGAGUUCACACUGGAGAGAGUCCCUUCACCUGCCAACAGUGUGGAAAAAGCUUUACUCAAAGAUCAAACCGUAACUGUCACAUGAGAAAAUUACACGGCAUAUUUUCAACACGAUCUUGAUCAACACAAGGAUUCAUUUGAGAGAAAUAUUAUAUGUCAUCAGUGUGGAAUGAGUUUCGUCAAACAGGAAUCAUGUAUUAAUUUUAUUUUCUUCCCACUGGUCUCUUUUUCUGCGACUAACUUCUCAGUUGGGAAUUAAUGUAUUCUGAUGAACUUGGAUCAUAGUAUAUAGUUAUAUGGAAACUAAAGUGUUUAAC